AUGAAUUCGAAAAAUGAUGCACAGAAUGAAGUCUUUACAUAUGAACAUAAAGCAAAGCACUGGAGAUACAUUUUCAAUAUCAAACGAAGCUUCAAUCCUUUCAUUACCGAUAAAUAUUCAGUCACCUUUUAUCAGCCGAAGAUGAAUUUUGAAUGUCAUCCUGGUCCUCUUAAUGCAUCGGUGUUGUUCUUGGACAAGAAUCACCGUGCGUUUGAGGUAUUCAAAAAUCCAACAGCGUAUGAUGAGCCAAUAAAUAUUAGACGAUCAGAUCGAACGUUCUGGCAGCAUAUGAAAGAAAAUCCGGUUGGUGGAAGGGUAGAAGGUUUAAUACAUGCAGCAGGAUUCAGCGGGAUACUGCAAAUUGGGUACAAGUAUGUAGACCACGCCUUAAUAACUGCGUUGGUUGAGAGAUGGAGGCCAGAAACUCACACGUUUCACCUUCCUUUUGGAGAAACGACUGUGACAUUACAGGAUGUCAACGUGUUGUGGGGGCUACCAAUAGAUGGGUUGCCUAUUUCUGGGGCUGACACUGGUAUGUCGAUGUAUACUGUACGAGACAAGUGUCAAGAGGUGUUGGGGUUUACCCCUGAGGAAGCUGAUGUGAAGGGCAAAAGGGUUAAGUCCUCCUGA